UGAUAGACGAUAUCGCCGAAGCGGGCAACCUCGGUCCUCGGAGGCCUAGCCGGAGACUGCUUCAAAAAUUCGAACCAUCAAGGAAUUGCGCGAAGAUGGCGCCACAUGACAUCCGCCGUCCACACAAAAGGCCGGCGAUCUCCGACCAGCAGAAGCGGAGGGAACUUUCUUUGCAGCGGCAACAGCAGAAUCGCCGCGACGCUCAACAAGCAGCGCGUUCCUUAGCCUCCACGCUCCUCUCCCUCUCGUCCACAUUCCACGAGCCUACUACCUCCGAGCCGGUUCUGGAGAUUGAACUUAAUGAACUCGAAUCUGAAACGGAGCAUUCGCCGGAACUUGUAUCUGAGCAUGAAUUUGAUGAGGUUGCUUCGAAGGAGUUCGAUGUUUGCCAGGCUUCGAAGCUCAAAGGUUCAGAGGCUCGUAAGUGGUUUUCGAAGCAACUGUUGCUUCCUGAGUGGAUGAUAGAUGUUCCUGAUCGACUUAGCGAAGACUGGUACGUAUUCGCAAGGCCUUCUGGAAAACGAUGCUUUGUUGUUUCUUCCAAUGGAACAACUAUCAGUAGGUUGCGAAAUGGAUCAAUUCUGCAUCGUUUUCCUUCUGCUCUACCCAAUGGAGCAAAGAAAAGAGAUGUCUCUGGAUCCGGUCAAUCAUAUUCUAUUCUAGAUUGUAUAUUUCAUGAAAUGGAUCAAACUUACUACGUCAUUGAUAUGAUAUGUUGGCGAGGAUAUUCUCUUUAUGAUUGUACAGCUGAGUUUCGAUUCUUCUGGCUCAAUUCUAAGCUCGUUGAGACUGGUGCUUGUGAGCCCCCAUCAUACUAUCACAAAUAUAAGUUCGGCCUGGUACCUGUAUAUACAUGCGAUCAAAAUGGUCUUUAUGCUGCUUAUACCGGAGCAGCUCCUUAUGUCAAGGAUGGCCUAUUAUUUUACAACAAGCAUUCACAUUACCAGCCAGGAAAUACACCACUUGCAUUGGUCUGGAAGGAUGAGAGUUGCAGUCAAUAUGUCAUUGACACAGAUAGUAAUGGACAAGUUCCAAGCCAACAGCAGGUGGUUUUGGAGCUACAAGGUGAUGGCAAGGUGACUACAUCAGAUGAUCCUCCUGUGGAAUUUGGAUGCUUAGAUGGCGACUUUAUCAAAAAGUCAGGGUUAUCUUCAAGUAAUCUAUUGCGAUUCACCAUUGGCGAUGGAGGGCUGACCAUUGUGGAUGGGAGAAUUCAGGGGGCAGAUUUACAUUACAUUGGCAAGGUCAAUCGAGCUCGAGCCUUUGCAGACAGUUACUCCAAGGUUAUGUUUCAACAUGCGGCUCGUCAUUCACCUUUAAAAAUAGACGAUCUAUUAGCAUCCAUCAAUUCAUCAAAUGAUGGAGAAGUUCGUGAUACUGACAUGGUUGGAUAGUGGUUGAUAGUCCAUUGUACUGGUGAAAGAUUCCUCCGGCAAGGAGAUCUUGCGGAAUCUCGUGUAGCAUUCUGUUCAACCCAUAGUCGAGGAAAUGCUAUUUGGUGAGCGGUAUUCUCAAUCUGACUUGGAUACUUAUAAACUAUCAGAGUUCAUGGGAAGUCGGUGCAUCUCUCGCUCCAAUCGACAUGACAUCCUUUGAGAGGUAAUCCUUAAAAGUGAAUGUUCGUAGAUAAUUUUCAUCGGGAUUUAAUAUAUUGUGAGCUGUGAGUAACGUGACAAAAACGACUCAAAGUUUUAAUGUUAAAUGGAUAAGCAAACUUCAGGUGAUGGCCUUUCACCAAGAAGUGAAGUGCUGGAUUGGUCUACAACUAGUAGGUUUUAACUACUGGGCAACACAACGCCUCCUCAGGUCUUAUUAUUGGAGUUUCAUACGUCUCUUGAAAGUGACUUGAAAACAUUUUUCUUGUAGUAUUAAUUAUUAUCCAACUUCGCGACAUCGACAACCUGAUGAUUCUGGAAAGAACGGAAAAUCUUUACUGGAGAUUCUGUAGGUACACUCUUAACAACG